UAAAAAAAAGGAAGGACAUGAAAACACGACAUCACAUGCAAUACCCAAACUGAAGCAUAACACACUCUUUGCAUUUUGUAUCUUCCAUCACCUCAGAUCAGAUCCAAAAAUCUAUAUUCUCAAAAUCCCCUUUUAUUAAACCCUAUAUUACAUCCAAUACAUUAAUUAGGAAUUGAAUUUUGGAGGUUUUGACAAUGGCAACUAAUUCUUCUAAUGGAGAACAACAAGCAGCAGCAACAACCACAACAAAGCAACCUCCCUUGCCAUCUCCUUUGCGAUUUUCAAAAUUCUUUCAGUCCAAUAUGAGAAUUUUGGUCACUGGAGGAGCUGGUUUUAUUGGUUCUCACCUAGUUGACAGAUUGAUGGAAAAUGAGAAAAAUGAGGUAAUUGUUGCUGAUAACUUCUUCACUGGAUCUAAAGACAACCUUAGAAAAUGGAUUGGUCAUCCAAGAUUUGAGCUGAUUCGUCAUGAUGUGACAGAGCAACUGUUGGUUGAGGUUGAUCAGAUCUACCAUCUUGCAUGCCCUGCUUCUCCGAUUUUCUACAAAUACAAUCCUGUAAAGACAAUUAAGACAAAUGUAAUUGGAACACUGAACAUGCUUGGGCUUGCAAAGCGGGUUGGAGCAAGGAUUUUGCUUACAUCUACUUCAGAAGUAUAUGGAGACCCUCUUGUGCAUCCACAACCAGAAUCCUAUUGGGGAAAUGUCAAUCCUAUUGGGGUUCGAAGUUGCUAUGAUGAGGGCAAGCGUGUGGCAGAAACUUUGAUGUUUGACUAUCAUAGGCAGCACGGAAUUGAAAUUCGCAUUGCCAGAAUCUUCAACACAUAUGGACCACGCAUGAAUAUUGAUGAUGGGCGUGUCGUCAGCAACUUUAUUGCUCAAGCAAUUCGUGGUGAAGCCCUAACAGUCCAACUUCCAGGAACACAAACUCGCAGUUUCUGCUAUGUCUCUGACAUGGUUGAUGGCCUUAUCCGUCUCAUGGAAGGAGAAAACACUGGUCCAAUCAACAUUGGGAACCCAGGCGAGUUUACUAUGACUGAACUUGCUGAGAAUGUGAAGGAGCUUAUUAAUCCAGCUGUGGAGAUAAAGAUGGUAGAGAACACACCGGACGAUCCUCGGCAAAGAAAACCAGACAUAACAAAAGCAACAGAAUUGCUUGGUUGGGAACCAAAGGUCAAGUUGCGGGACGGUCUUCCUCUUAUGGAAGAGGAUUUCCGUCUUAGGCUUGAGGUUCCGAAAAAGAAGUAACUAAACUUGGUUUUGCCCUUUAACUUCAUAUAUCAUGAUGGAUGUUUUGAUAAUUCUUGGGAUGAGUUUGUCACUAUUAGAUAUUACAGAUUGAGCACUAUGGUGAAGAAGGGAGGUUGGUUGAGAUGUAUUGCAUCGUUUUUACUCUCUCCCAAUUUCUCUUUGGUUUUAUUUUACUUUUGUUCAUGUAAUGGCUGAGGACAAUGGAUAAUAAAUGUGUAGGACCAGGAAGAGCUACUUGGUCAUGUUUUGUAAUUGAUACCAUAUGUUUGCUUUUUCCAUCCAAAUUUCUCCUCUUGAAAUAUUACUAUUGAAUCGAAAUUUCUUAUUAUUGUACUGCUAUUGAAA